CUUUUGUCUGUGCUUGAGCAUCUCUGACAUUCGUCCACAGAUUGUAAUCAGAUGAAAGCUGAGUAAAGGUUGAGAGGAGGCCAGGAAGUCGAUUCUCCUGUCCUUCUGCCACGAUGAUGCAAGGCAGCAGCUUUCUUCACAUGCUCUCGCUGGUCUCCAUGGCUGAGAACUUCUUACCGGUUGGGGCUUCAGAGGGCGGCAUUGUUGGCGGCAGGGUUGCAGAGCCGCACUCCCGACCGUUCAUGGCGUCUCUGCAGUUUCAGGGACAGCAUGUCUGCGGCGGGAUCCUCGUUAGAGACGAUUACAUUCUAACUGCAGCGCACUGCAAAAACAAAAGUCAGCCUCUGAUGGCGGUCCUGGGAGCGCAUGACGUCUCCAAACCAGAGAAAACUCAGCAACGUCUGAAGGUGGAGAAGUACAGAAAACAUGAGGAUUUUACAGGAGGAUUUGAAAACGACAUCAUGUUGAUGAAGCUGGAAACCAAAGCUAAACUCAACAAAUACGUCAAACCCAUUCACCUGCCAAAGCAAAACGGGGACAUUCGGGCCCGCAUUAAAUGUGCCGUUGCUGGCUGGGGCAAAACUGCAGUGGAUGGACCGGGUUCAAAUGUCCUGAGGGAGGCCACAGAGGAAACCCAGUUCAAAGCAGAGUGCAACAACAUUUGGAAAGAACAUUUUAAUUCUACACAAAUGAUCUGCACCAAGUUCACCAAGAAGACGGGAGGAAUCUGCCAGGGGGAUUCUGGUGGGCCGCUGAUCUGCAACAACAAACUUCUGGGUCUAACUGCUUUUACUCAAGAAAACAGCUGCGAUAAUCCAAAGUUUCCACACGUCUUCAUGAAGAUCGGCUCCUUUCUGCCCUGGAUUCAGGAUGUUCUAAAGAAACACUGAGUGAAGUUUCUUCAUGAGGGUUACUUUCCUUCCAACGUGUGACGGCUGAAGGAUUCAUUCAGGAUUAGAAAUUUUUAAUUUACAUUCAAUGUGCUAAAUGAGUUUUCUAUUCCAUCUCAGUUUCAGUAGUUAUAAAAGAUUACCUCCUAAUGUAAACAAUCACAAAACCCGGUUGAAACAGUUUGAGUCUAUUCACAACCAAAUCCAGAGAAACUACCCCCCACCCUCACUGGCUACAUGCCCCUGAGGGGCGUGACGUUAUACUAAUUUAGCUUGCCUCUAUGAUUUAAAAAGCAUAAGAGUCAGAAGAAGUGAUGCAUUUUUCUGUUUGAUUUCCAUCUGAAUUUGUUGUCUUUCGCCGCUGAAACUCAAAGCCAAACUCAAUCAGUAAGUCCAGCCCCUCAUUCCCGCCAACAUCAGACAUUCUGUUGCUGGUUAGAACCUGAAAAGUU